AAAAGCUGCUGGCCAGGGAAGCAGGUGGAAGUUGGGUGGAUGGCUUUGGUGGGCUGCAGUGGGGGCAAGAUGGGUGGCAGGACUGUGUCAGGGCUUUGGUCUAAAGUGGCUGUGGUCCUCCUGGUGGUCCUGCAGAGCACACAGUCAGUCUACAUCCAGUACCAGGGCUUCCAGGUCCACCUGGAGUCCGUGAAGAACAUGAGCGACCUGGAGAGGCAGUGGGUGUUCAGCCCCCGCCUGCGGGCCCAGAGCCCUCUGCCCAUCCCAUGCUAUCACCUGGCCCUGCCACCAGACCUCCAGCCCAUCUGUACCUCCAAGGAAGCCGCCAGCGUCUUCCAGGCCUUGAAGAAAAUCGCCAGUGACGACUGUGAGCUGUGUGUGAAUGUCGCCUGCACCGGCUGCCUGGUCUGAGAUGGCCCUGGACACCCUGAGCCCACCCUGGACACCCUGGCCGCCCGAACCACUGCCCUCGUAGCCCCAUCGCCAUCCAAGCUCUGGAGGUGCCCUGACCACCUCAGCCAUUGCCGCCCUCCCAGGGCCAAUCAGUCAGAUCUAGCACAAAGCAGCUGGACCCACAGUUGGAGAAACCUUUGACCCCUUAAGCAUUCCUGCUGCUGAAUAAAGAUUCCCCACUCACA